AGCGGCCAAUGGCUGGGGCGCUCCCCCCUCGGGGCGGAGUUGCGUCACGUGCGGGGAAGAAAGAGCCGGAGGCACACAGGGCGUGGGGCGGAGCGGCCAUGGCAGCUCCGGAGUCGCUGUCCCCGGCGGGCGGCGCGGGCGAGGAGGCGCCGGAUGACGACGAGGACGAGGCGGAGGCCGAGGACCCCGAACGUCCAGGGGCAGUCGGCGGCGCGCGCAGUGGCGGCGGCGGCGGGGCCGGGGCGGGGAGCUGCGGCGGGCCCGGGAGCGCGUUCACUAGGCGCGCGGUCACGCUGCGCGUGCUCCUCAAAGACGGACUGCUGGAGCCCGGCUCCGGGGUGCUGUCCAUCUACUACCUGGGGAAGAAGUUCGUGGGAGACCUGCAGCCCGAUGGGAGGAUUGUGUGGCAGGAAACAGGGCAGGUGUUCAACUCACCCAGUGCCUGGGCCACCCAUUGCAAGAAGCUGGUGAACCCAGCCAAGAAGUCCGGCUGUGGCUGGGCCUCCGUCAAGUACAAGGGCCAGAAACUGGACAAGUACAAGGCUGCCUGGCUCCGGCGAAACCAGUUCCAUGUGCCUGCAGUUGCUGCCGAUGAGAGCCCAGCCAGCGAAGGGGAGGAGGAGGAGCUGCUGAUGGAGGACGAGGAGGAGGAGGUUCUAACAGGAGUUUCAGCGGAGGAUAAGAGUCGGAGACCACAGGCAAAGGGCCCCUCAGAGCCCGUCCACCCAGAGGCCAUACCCCCAGGGAAACGAGUAGAAAACAAGACCCGGGUGCCAGUGCGCUAUUGCAUGCUGGGUAAUCGCGACUCUGCCAGGAACCCCCACACCCUGGUGGAAGUAACGUCCUUUGCAGCCAUCAACAAAUUCCAACCUUUCAACGUGGCCAUCUCCAGCAACGUGCUGUUCCUGCUGGAUUUCCACAGCCACCUGACCCGCAGCCAGGUUGUGGGGUACCUGGGGGGCCGCUGGGACAUCAACAGUCAGAUGCUCACUGUGCUCAGAGCCUUCCCCUGCCGGAGCCGGCUAGGAGACGCAGAGACUGCGGCCACAGUGGAAGAGGAGAUCUACCAGAGUCUGCUCCUGCGGGGCCUGUCUCUGGUGGGCUGGUAUCACAGCCACCCGCACAGCCCGGCACUGCCGUCACUGCAGGACAUCGACGCACAGAUGGACUACCAGCUGCGGCUUCAGGGCUCCAGCAACGGCUUCCAACCCUGCCUUGCCCUGCUCUGCUCCCCUUACUACUCUGGCAACCCGGGACCAGAAUCCAAGAUCUCGCCCUUCUGGGUGAUGCCGCCCCCUGAGCAAAGGCCCAGUGACUAUGGCAUCCCCAUGGACGUGGAAAUGGCCUAUGUCCAGGACAGCUUCCUGACUAAUGACAUCCUUCAUGAGAUGAUGCUGCUGGUAGAGUUCUACAAGGGCGCCCCUGACCUCGUCAGGUUCCAGGAGCCCUGGAACCAGGAGCACACCUACCUCGACAAGCUCAAGGUGAGACACACCCCAAGUCCUGUGCAAGCCCUUCCUUUUACGAGGAUGACCUCGGAAAGGCCGCAAGAAUAUAUCCAUGGGCAGCCGGAGAGUGAGUUCUUAAGUGGGCCUGUACAAAAACAGUACGGGCACGAAUGACUGCUGCCAAAGAAAAAGUGUUUUGUCACAGGGGGUGGUGACAGUGGUGAUCACCAUUCAAAUGCAUGAAAAUGUAAAAGCCCUGUAGACCUCACGACCCCUGGGACAUUCCAGUUGGAGAUGCUGCUUUGAGCGCUGUUUAUCCCUCGGCCGCCCAGUGAGGUGCAGAGGGGUUCACGCCAGCAAAGCUCAACCAGAGGGGCCUGGGAGCGGCCCAGUGACCCUAGAAUUGGCAGGAUGUGAGCAAGGGCUUGGUAGCCUUUUCAGUGCUUCCUUAUAUCAUGCCUGAGAGUCAUGCUCAGAAGACACUCCCCACUCUUGAUUUGCAAAGAAAUGCAGUUUCAGUUUGCUUUUGUUUGGACUUGACAGUGACCAGGGCUUAAAGCUGCUACUGGUCACCUCCAACCCUGGUGCUGGGGGUGGGGGGCAGGCACCUGGCAUCUGAGGGGGGUAAUGUGUGUAAGACAGUAUGGCGGGGGACCCUGCCCCUAAAUGAUGACAUACUUGGGCCUUCAAGUCGAAAUGUACUUCUCUUUAAAAAGAAGGCAUGUCCUGGAGUUCCUGUCCUGGCUCAGCAGAAACUAAUCUGACUCGUGUCCAUGAGGAUGUGGGUUCGAUCCCUGGCCUCGCUCAGUGGGUUGAGGAUCCAGUGUUGCUGUGAGCUGUGAUGUAGGCCACAGACGUGGCUUGGAUCUGGUGUGGCUGUGGCGUAGGCCAGUGACUACAGCUCUGAUUAGACACUAGCCUGGAAACCUCCAUAUGCCGUGGGUGUGGACUUAAAAACACCAAAAAAUAAAAAGAAGGCAUGUCUUUAAGCAGGUGCCUAGGUUAGGACAGCCCCUCUGCCGGGCUGCAGCCCUGAGGCCAGGCCUGCUUGUUUCAGAUGUCCCUGGCCAGCAGGACGUCCAAGGACCAGGGCCUGUGCCACGUGCUGGAGCAGGUUUACAGCAUCCUCAAGCAGGGGAGCUGAGGGCACCAGCUUCCAAGGACCUGGGUGACCUUUGGUCAUUCUUGGUCCCCGGCAGCUCUGGGUGAGGGGAAUGGGUUCAGGGCCUUUGUCUGCGGCUGUGCUGCUCUGUUCCUGUGUGACUGAGUUGUGUGACCACAAGAGCUCAGAUAAUAAAGGAGAGAAACAGCCCAA